AUUACAUUAAAAUCGCAAUUAAAACAUUUUUUUAAAUAGCAAUAUGACACGUAAUCCAUAGGAAAGAGAAGAUACGAGGUUCUUAACACAUGGGCCCAGGCCCAAAUGAUUAGGAAAGAGGCCCAAUAAUAGACGGGGCUCACAGAAUCCUCCUCCAACAAUGGUGGCUUAUCCUUAAAGUCCCAACCUUUCUGAGUUCCUGUCCUUUUUGCCACUCUCUUCGCAAAUGGAAUGGAAUUUCGAAACAUCAUCUCUCCGAUUUUGUAAGAAAAUAUGAAUUUGUUCUGUAAUUCAAUCGAUACCCUUUUUCUAAAACCCCUUCUUCCCCACAAAAAUCACUUCCUUUCCAUAUCCUCCGAUGCACCGGCGACUCUCCGAAACCCUAAUUUCGCCUCCGCCGCACGAACCCGGCGAUGUCAGAUCAAAGCGUGCUUCUCCUCCGCGUCGUCGUCGGAGAUCGACAUGGUGAGGAACAAGGAAGGAGUCUUCACUCCCAAGGAGAAAAAGGUCGUCGUCCUGUGGGACCUCGACAAUAAGCCGCCACGUGGCCCUCCGUUCGCCGCCGCGACAGAGCUCCGGCGAGUCGCCGAGAAACUCGGUCGGGUCGUGGAGAUCUCCGCCUACGCGAACCGUCACGCCUUCACCCCCCUGCCGCAGUGGGUGGUGGAGGAGCGGCGGGAGAGGAAGCAGCUCGAUAUCCUCGAGCGCAAAGGCGUCGUCAGAUCGCCGGAUCCGUACAUCUGCGGCGUCUGUGGCCGGAAAUGCAAGACGAACCUCGACUUGAAGAAGCAUUUCCGGCAACUCCACGAGCGGGAGAGGCAGAAGAAGAUGAAUCGGAUGAAAUCUCUGAAGGGGAAGAAGCGGCGACAGUACAAGGAACGGUACAUAAACGGGAACGACAAGUACAACGAAGCGGCGGAGAGUCUUAUUUAAAUAAGUAAGGUGGAGGACAAGCCACAGGCGGCGGAUUGGGCUCUGAAGAGGCAGAUGCAGCACUCGAUGACACGUGGCAUCGACUGGUUGGUUCUGGUCUCCGACGACAGCGACUUCUCCGACAUGCUUAGGAAAGCCCGAGAGGCGAAUCUCGGGACGGUGGUUAUCGGCGACGGGGGAAGAGCCCUUGGUCGUAUCGCGGAUUUGUGGGUCCCGUGGAACGGAGUGGAGAGCGGGGAGAUAACGGAGGCUGAUUUGGUUCCGAGUGAUCGGAGAAUCUUCGACGGCGACGGAGAUGGAGAUUCCGGCGAUGGGUUGUUUUCGAUUUCGUAUUACGAUGAUGGGUUUGGAGAAUUGGAGAGCGACGGGUUUGGGAGUUUUAGGGUUUCGGCGUUUUCAGAGGAUGAAUGGAUGGAGGAUGAAGACGAUUACAUGUUGAGUGAUGAUGAUGAUGAUGAUGAUUUAUAGUUGUUAUUUUGUUUCUUAAAAUUGAAAUCGAUUUGUGUAAGCACAUCGAUGUUAC